AUGGGGACCCCUUUCCCUGUUUGGGUCAAUCAAAAUAUGGGCAGGAUUAAUAAAGCCCAGCAAUGCCUAUUAGCUGUUAUCUGUUGGGAAAUAUGGAGACAAAGGAAUGAGAAGGUCUGGAAAAAUGCAGCGGCUAUUCAUAAUCAUCAACUUAUCAACAAAGUCAAGAGCUUCCUGUGCGCAUGGAGAAAGGCCAAGAAACAGCAAAUUCCUCCCAAUCAUACGACUCCUAUCCCGGACCAUAAAUGGAGGAGACCGCGGGUGGGAAUGCUCAAAAUGAACGUCGAUGCUGCAAUCAAUAAGCACGCAGCUGCUAUGGGACUCGACAAUGUUAUCCGUGAUGAGGAAGGUGCCUUCGUUGCAACUCGAGGUGCUCAAUGGAGGGGAAACUUCACACCUAGGGAGGCCGAAGCAGUUAGUUGCCAUACGGGAAGCUUUGAUUUGGCUGAAAUCUCAUGGUAUGGAUAA